GAAUUACCAGUGCAGCUGGAGGCGAGAGGCGAGAUUAGACAUGUUCGUCGUUCUCGCCGAUUAUUCGCAUUGCUCAACCAAACUCCUGUCAUAACGAAAAGUGCAAGAGGCCCUGGCAUAGCUUCUUCGGCGAACACCACCUACAACGAUGCGGAGGAACACCACACGGCCGGAGUCGAUAAGCUGGCAGUCAACAGUGCUAUCAGCUGGAGCAUAAGUAUAUUCGUAAAUACUGUUUAGUGGAAACAUACUGUAUAAUGACGAGGGUGAUGUCGAGUUCUUUGUAUCGCGAGUCGAUAAGAGAUAAUCGGAUGGGCUUUGUUGACGAGGUUUAGUUGAUGUGUCGUUGACCUCGAAGAACAAUAAUUAGUGUGAAUCAUCGACUGAGGACUGCAAUUUUUGACACUAAUGUGUACUGCGAGGAGUACGAUUUUUGGUCUGGCGUAGAAUCGAUCCACCGUAUCAAUGCCUAACGAAGAAACUUACGCCGCUAAAACACUGGAGGGCAGCAAAUUGAAGUGUCCAGCUCCGAUAUCCCGUCUCAGGGUGGAGAAGAUCGAGGGCGGCCUCAUGGUGGCCGGCGUCGUGGUGGCGGCGAACUGUCAGAUCAUUUUACCUAUUUUCGGUUUCUUAUUCCUCUUAGUUGGCUGUGUUCUUACUGCUGCAUCUUAUCGAGGUCCCAGCGAAGGCGAAGAACCCGAGCACUAUGCAGCAAGAAUCGCGUUUACGGGUAAUUCUCGAAUCUUAGGACCAACUUGUAUUGUUGUUGGUGUGCUAAUGUUAGUGGCUGGUUUCGUGCUUUGUGUUUUAACGAGAAGGGCACGAAGACGAGAACAGACUAUCGGAUUUCACUGCCCCCUUCAUGGUGAUUUUUACCCCCUUAGUCCAGUAACUAGCUCAAGAACAAUAGCUGCUAUCGAAAAGGGCGGCGGCACGUGCAUGAUAUGCUGGCCCCGGAAGAGAGGUCCGGGCGCCAUCGCCGUGGGCCCUCCGCAAUGCCCUCACAGCCAGGUCUCCAGCACCCGGAGCUCCUUGGCUAGCUCGCCGCACAGCCAGUGCCCUACGCCCUUACCCUUUCUUGUCACUUCAGGAUCAGUGGGCGGCCUAGUCCCGGUUACGGCCCAGCUGUCGCCCGAUCAGCCCUUCGGUUCGAUCCGCUCGUUGGCGGCCAGUCGAGAGGUGGCCAGCUUCCCCUUAUCACGAACGCCUACGCCGCCCCCCUCGUCAUUUGAGAGAAUGGGAAGUCCGAAUCUAGUCCAGGUUCCAGACGAAGAAAAGCUCGUGGAUUCGAAUUACGACAGAGUGCACAGGAACGGCCCCAGGAAAUCAGUUUCGAUCGUUUUACCUGCUGAAGAAAAAGGGUGACUCAUGGAUGAGUAGAAUUAACUUCUAUUUAUUACUUAGACAUUCGCGGAACCAAAAUCAAUUUAGUGUUUGUUCACUAAAUUUUCUUAUAUUAAGAGCAAAAACGCAUUAAAAGACUAUAGACAAAGACAUCGUCACGCAAUUUUUUAACGACAUUUGUUAUGUUAUGAUAGUUUUGUGUAUAUGUUAGCAUGUUUAUUAGAAAUGUAACUGGUCGUCAUGAAUGGCAAUGUAUUAGACUGAAACCGUGUUUUAAGCGACACUUGUCAAUGUAUUUUUUAUUUUAAAUGCUGCAUGCUGAUUAAGCAAGAUUGGCCUAUUGCCCAUAAACGCGCAAUCAAUUCGCGUGCUGAACUUUCUAGAAUAAUGAUUUAAUUCGCCCUAGUCCUCAUAUACACAGUUUUGAAAUUUGAUCCAAUAAAUUCUGGUUCGUUUUAAUUUUUAAAAUAACGUUUCGCAAACGUACAUUGACAACGUGUCAGAACGUACUGUGAUUCAGAAAAUGUUGAUCGGUAUCUAUACGUAGUGUUUACGUAUAUGUGGAGUUUGAUGGUACAUGAAAUUUGAUAUGCAUUUUUCGUAGAUCAUGUCACUAUACAACUUUUCAUGUACGUCAAGCAAAACUAAUUAUUUUGCAAUCGCUUGUGUUAGAAACUGCUUCUUACUCAGUAUAGCCAUUAUGCAAAUAUAAUAAUUUAAGAUAAAUGAGUUGUUUGUUCGUCAAAUAUUGUAACAAUAUUUGAUUAUUUUAUUUCCUGCAUUACCUAUCUGAGUGCUUUAAAACCCUUCUGAAUCACUUUAGACAUUUAAGUCAGUGAUAUUAUGUAAUUUAUUUUCCAUUUUAUGUACAAAGUUUGAGAUGUUAUACUAGUGCUUUACUAUAAUUUCGCACGAAGAAAUAUUUAUUUCUUUGAGGUUCGUUGACAGAGAUUAGUUCAUCGCGGUUUUCGUUGUACAUUUGAGCGUGAAGUCGGGUGAAACCGACUGCAGAAGAGCACGUUUAAGACUGAUUUGUUUGAACAAUACAUAAUUUUAUUUUUUUAUUAGGUGAUCAACAUAUCAAGUAGUAAAUUAAAGAAGUAAAUAUUUCUUUUGUGAUAAUUGUUUAGACCCGUACUUAUAGUUUCUACAAUGUACUCGUCAUGUUUUAAUUUGCAAUGAGAUGCUUUCUGCGCUUUCGUUACGAUUUUACUGAAAAAUUGUGUUUAUCCGUCCCUGAGUGCCAAAAUUCAUUCAGCAGAAAAGAAACGUAUUUUUGGUUGGUUUUUACUUACUUUACGUACUAACUUGUGAUUUCUGUUAUAGCAGCAUGCUCAUUCAUCUCAUUGCAAUUUUUCUGUACAUACAAUAUCCUGUUAUGUGGUAUGAUUGUUUUUAUUAAAGUCUUAAUUUGGACAUUUACGAAAUUAAUUCGUAUCUCCAAAUAAUGAAAUUAAUAAAAAUCGUUUACGUAUUUUGUAGGACGAUUUUAAAGUGAUAUGUAUUGUAUAUUUAGAGAUAUAUGUCGAGGCUGAUUACACUUUAAGUUAGUUUUAGGAUAAAAUGUUUUUACUCAACGUGUAUUAUACAGAUUAAUUGUUAACAAAGUAAUGGCUCUAUUUCACUUGCUCAUUCUUUGAAACUAAGUUGUAAAACAAAGUGAUUAAAGCUAAUAACUGAUCUUUAUUCUAUACAUAAAUUUAAUGUAUUGAUCAAUAAAUAGAUUAAAUGUA